CGAUUUGAUUGUAUUAAUUUUAUUGCAUGUCCAGAUGGCGUUACAGACCGCUUUUAUUGUUUUAGGCCGUUGGCCCUCUAAUUGUUGCAUAGAGGGCAGGCCUGUAGUCAUUGAGUUUUAGGCCUGAAAUUACGGCCGUUUAGUAAUCGUCUGUAGCUGUCAGUUGACAUAUUGCGUCUUGACUUUUACUCUUCUUUGAUGUGAAUCUUUUGUGCUUUUCCGUGGCUUUUAAAGGGUAACUUAAUGUUUUAAUUGUUUGUUGAAUUCCCCUUUUAUAUAUUUGUUAAUUUUAAAGAUAAGGAUUGCCCGGAAUUUCAUGUUGCCUGUCUGUAGACUUGAAUUGAGGUGCAUGAGAAGCACAUGUGGAAUUGACACUAUUUGUCUUCCCAUUGAGUUGAAAAGGCCUGCGUUGCAGGAUUGAGUAUUGACUCACCCAAGCCUGGUCACUUCCAGGUAUUCGUAAAGUGUUGUUCAUGUGAUUUGUGUCAUUAUCUUAAUUGUAUUUGUAUCGUAUAGGAUUGGUGAUAGCUUUUGAAUUGUUGUUUUGACACAGUGUGCCUUACACACACACUUUGACGUGUUUUGAAGUGAAAUACAGUCCACUUCCUACCACCGAGCUACCAUCUGGUCCUUCGAACCGGAGCUUUGAAUCAAAAUUGAAUUGACCUUAGACUGACCUUGAUUCGAAGCCUUGAUUGAAAAUGGCCAACCCUCCAGUAUCAACAUGGACAUUGGAUGCCUGCAAAGGACGACAAAAGGUUGUCCGUUCCCGCAUCACUGGCUGUCACACUCGCAUCAACCACAUCGUGACAACUGGUUUAUCUCGUCGUGAUGCUGAGAAGCUUCUAGCUGACGCAAGAGUCCUUUUGGGCGAAUUGGAAACGAUUCACGAUCGCGUUAUCGAGUUGGUAGACGACAACGACGUCUUGACCCAACAAAAUAAUCAACAUCAGCUGUAUGCCCAAACCAUCGACAAAUGCUCAGCUUUAGUGGAAGAUUAUCUGCUCCUACGCCGAGACGACGCUUCAUCAGUUGCUGUCGAGACCCCAGACCAGAUUGCACGUCGACAGGCAUUGGAGACCGCAUAUCAGCGUCUACGAGAUGCCCGAGCAGAAGUCGCAGCUGCUGAACAGGCCAUCAUUGAUCUAGGAGGAGAUGUUUUGCCUACAGACGGAUCGGAGUUGAACCCAUCCGACUCCGCGUCGAACGUCGGUGACAAGCCGACCAAGAAGAUUGAAUUUUAUCCAGCGGAAGCCCCUGAUGCUUGGAUUGAUACGUAUCUAGCCGGAAAGGAGAGACCGAUUGUUCGUGAGAAGGGAGCCAAAUCUUCGGUCAACGUUCAGCUGGAGGUUUAUACGGGCCGCGCACUUGAUUGGUUCUCUUGGAUAAGUAUGUGGUUCGCGCUGGUCCACAUUACGAGCAAGACUCCGAGCGAGAAGCUGGCCAUAUUGAAAAAUUAUUUGAAGGGCGACCUAGCUGACAUCGUACAUGGCCAUGGAGGAGGGGAAGCUGGAUACAAGGAGGUUCUACAGCGAUUGAAGAGCACGUGCGGGAGUCGGAAGGUGAUUCGAGCGGCCCAUCUGCGGGAAUUGGAUCGGAUGGAGGCGCCGCGUAAUGACCCGCAGUCUUUCAAACGCUUUUCAGAACGUGUGCGAACUCAUCUCUUCAACCUGUCGGUGAUUGGUGAGACGGGCCACGUUGACAUCAUCGAGAGACUGUCCCUCAAGCUGCAGCUUACCGAUCGUUUGGCCUGGAACAAUGGACGGGGAGGCGAAAUCGAUAAUCGGAACAUCAACGAUUUUGGCCGCUGGUUGACGGCUAGAGCAACGGACUAUCAGAAUGCUUAUGCAAUUGCGGAUGACCAGCAACGGCCGGCGAACGGAGGAAAUAGGAACGACCGCCCACAACAAGCCCAGGUGCCAAAUAGAUUCCAGCAACCACAGCAGCAGAGAAGAAGUGCACGCACUUAUCAUGGAGCAUCAAGCUCCCAGAAGAAUCAUGGCUCGACUGAGCAGAAAGAGAAGAAACCGACUGAACCACACUGCUUUAAAUGUGAAGGAUCGCACCGCCUUGAAGACUGUACCUUUUUCAAGGACCUUCCCAUCAGUGAUAGACUGACCUUUACACAACGUCGAGGAUUGUGUUAUGGCUGCUUCGGCGUCCGGCAUGGCUUCAUGAAUUGCACACUCAAGAAGGAGUGUGGCAUCGACGGAUGUAAGCUGUCCCAUCACAAACUUCUCCACAAGGAGAAUGGUCCGGUAGAAAGGAAUGCCCGGCCUCACACUCUACGUUCCGACCGACGACAAAUUGCUUUCAAGAUGCUCCGCCUGGACGCGCUCGACGCCGACGGGGAGAUGGUGCCUGUGAACAUUUUGAUGGAUGAUGGAAGCGAUUCAACUCUCAUUCGCGAGGGGCUGACGCGUCGACUCCGGCUUACUGGCCAGCGGCAGACCUUAUUUGUAGGUGGCGUCGGUGAAGAAUCUUCCGUCCAUGUAAAUUCAGAGUACCUGGAGUUGCAGUUAAGGACGUCGGCGGGAGAAACAGUGUCGAUCCAGGGAUCUACUAUCCCCUCCAUCACCAAGCCAGUACCGGUUAUGGAGUGGGAGAAACUACGUGGACGAUGGAGCCAUAUGGAAGACUUGCCGCCGCUUCGAGACUGUGGUGGACGUGUCGACAUAUUGAUUGGCUUGGACCAUGCCGCACUUAUCACAGCGAGUGAAUCUCGAUUCGGAAAAGAUGACGAGCCGACCGCUUCCAAGACUAGACUGGGAUGGACACUGCAAGGAGCGGUAGCGACCAGUGGUGGACCCGAUAUUGUCCGGAUUCAUCAUGUGCAGACCUCAGCUGAUUCCACUCUUCAACUCGCCGAACAGGUCCGACGGUUUUGUGAUACGGAGUCAUUUGGCACCGAAUUCCAAUCGGAAUGCAUGUCGGCUGAACAUCGGAGGGCGGUGACCAAAUUGGAAGCGGAGACUGAAAAGCUGGACGUAGGAUAUGCAGCCCCGGUUCUUUGGAUUGACGACAUCCCUCCUGAGAUUCCCGAUAGCCGCCGCACGGCGGAAUUAAGAAUGAAGAGUAUGCAGAAUAAAUUUGCCCGCGAAUCAGGAGACUACGAGACCUACUACCGUGCAGCCAUGGAGAAAAACUUUAGCGAAGGCUACGCUAGACGGCUCACGCCGGAAGAAAUCCAGCAGAGCCCGACGAAGUAUUUUCUCCCGCACUUUGGAGUGCCAAAGAAGGCUGGGCGGCCUGAGUUACGUCUCGUAUUCGAUGCUGCUGCAAAGUCGAACGGCAAAUGUUUAAAUGACUUUGUCACCAGUGGUCCGGCGCUGCAGAACCCCUUACCGGCCGUGUUGAUCCGUUUCCGGGAAGGAGAGAUUGGCUGGUCAGCCGAUAUUGGCGCAAUGUUUAGCCGGAUUCGUUUGAAGGAUGCUGACCGUCCGUACCACCGAUUCCUAUGGCCCGAAGUGGAUGGAACCAUAUCGACAUGUGAGAUGACCAGAGUGACUUUCGGUGUAACGUGCUCGCCCUACGUCGCCAUACGAACCACUUGGCGCGCAGCAGACGAUGCUGGACCGGAAAUGAAGGAGGCGGCCGAUGACGUGCGAGAAGACAUCUACGUCGACGAUUACCUGGCCUCGACUAGCAGACUUGAGGAUGCCGUAAGGAGAGCCACCGGUGUAAAUAAGGUCCUAGCAGACGGCGAUUUCCACCUGGGGCACUGGGUGUCCAAUAGCAGCCAGCUUUUAUCAGCAGUCCAGCCGGAUUCGGACAAUGGGACCACUGUCAAGACCCAAGUGCGCAGCAUUAGUGAUGACCCAGAGUUGAUCCUUGGAAUUGUGUGGAAUCCUUCGACUGAUCAUCUGGGAUUCCGAGUGAAAGUGUCCAGUGUGAAUUACACCAGAGUGGGGUUACUUGCCCAAGUGGCUGGUUUGUUCGAUCCCUUGGGCACGGCCGCCCCGAUGACUGUUAAAGCCAAGAUUAAAUUGCGGGAAUUGGGCGUGAAAGGACUUCAGUGGGAAGAUCCAGUGGUUGGUGACGAAAAGGAGUGGUGGGAAGAGUAUUUCCAGAAGAUCGGACGUUUGAAGGAGAUCGAGCUGCCCCGCUGUCUCUUCCCAAAUGCGGAAGAAAUAGUCCGGACCGAAUUGCACACUUUCGCGGACGCGUCAGAAGAGGCGUGUGCCGCGUCCUGCUACACCCGUGUGGUUUAUCAGGAUGGCCGAGUGCUGGUCCGGCACAUCAAGACAGCGACGAAGCUUGCUCCUUUAAAAACAGUUUCCGUUUGUAAACUAGAGCUCAACGCUGGGCUCAUGGGCGCCCGUCUGGCUAAGUUUGUCCAAACGGCCCUGAAAAGAAAAAUGGAUUGCCGAUACUUCUGGACCGACAGCAGCACGGUCCGGAAUUGGGUCCGGGCCGUGUCCUCCCACUACCAAGUUUAUGUCAGCCACCGGAUCGGUGAAAUUCAAACCCUCACUGAGCCUCACGAAUGGCGCUUCGUUCCUGGACGUUUAAAUCCGGCCGACGCUGCUACCCGAUCGCAGAUGGAAGAAGAAGAAAUCCCAAGUUGGUGGUUAGAUGGUCCGCCUUUCCUUUAUGAAGAGGAGCCGGCCUGGCCAAGGGACUUGCCAUGGAUGGCCGCAAAGGAAGAACUCCGGUCUGUCCACGUCCAUCUGAAUUCCACAGCCGUGGAGCCGCCGACCGUGUUCAAUUGGAAAGACGUCAAGAUCUCAGCCCAAGAUAUUCCGGCCCUAAUCCGGUUGGAAGGAGAAUUUCUGAAUCUCGUGAAACAAAGUCAACGAGAAGUUUAUUCUGAAGAGCUGAAAAGAUUGCAGCAGACGAAGCCGCUCCGCUCGACCUCGCCGUUGCUGCCGCUCACACCUUUUCUGGACGAAUCUGGAGUAUUGCGACUUGGAGGUCGGUUAAGCCGGGCCAAGUUGCCCUACGAUGUCAUGCACCCUCCAUUAUUGUCCGGAAAACAUCCGCUUUCUCGUAUGAUCAUCCGAGCGUUUCACGACAGCAUGCAUCACCUUGGCACGGAUUUUGUAUUAUCUCACGUUCGACAACAUUUUUGGGUGACGGGCGGACGAGAAUUGGUUAAACGUGUCCGCAAUGAAUGUGUGCCGUGCCGUCGAUUUCGUCCGAAAGCAGCUCUGCAAAUGAUGGCCGACGUCCAUCGAGCUCGCUUGGGCGCCGGUCAUCCUCCUUUCACCUACACGUCGGUGGACUAUUUCGGACCAAUAGACGUGACACACGGUCGUGGAACAGCAAAGAGAUGGGGCGUACUUUUCACGUGCAUGGUGACCAGAGCAGUUUAUGUAGACGUUGCAAUUUCCCUCUCCGCCAGUGAUUUUUUAAUGGUGCUCCGACGUUUUAUAUCAGUGUAUAGAAAGCCGGCGCAUAUGUUCUCGGACAAUGGCACGAACUUGACUGGCGCUGAACGUUUAUUACGUGUGGAGUUGGAUCGGCUGAAAGAUGACAGUGUGUUGACCACGGAGUUGAAAGCGCUCCGGAUCGAAUGGUUUUUCCAACCAGCGCAAACGCCACAUUUUGGAGGCUCACAUGAGUCAUUAGUGCGAUCAGUGAAAAACGCUUUCUACGCCGCGUUGGAUCAAGAGAAGAGUGUAUUGCGUACACCCAGUGACGAAGUUCUGCGCACUCUUCUUUUUGAAGUUUCCGGAUUGUUAAAUUCUCGGCCUUUGACUUAUUGCAGCUCCGACCCGGACGACUUUCGUGCGUUAACCCCAAACGAUUUCCUUAAUCGAGCUCCUGUAGCUGAUUUACCGGCCGGAGAUUUUAACAAGGCCCUUCCGCGUGAUCAUUAUGGAUACGUCCAGAGAAUAACCAAUUUCUUCUGGGACGUGUGGCGCGGAUCUUUCCUGCAGUCGAUGACCAGCCGGAAGAAAUGGAGAACACCCGCACGGAACUUUGCCGUCGGUGAUUUCAUUUUGGAUGAUUGGAAGAAUGCUCCGCGCGGGCGUUGGAGAACCGGCAAGAUCGUCAAGGUCUACCCCGGUGCCGACGGAUUAGUCCGAGCAGCAGAUGUGGAAUUCUCCACCGGAAUCCUGCGACGUGGGACAAAUCAGCUGGCUCUGCUAGAAGCUUACUCGCCGGAUCCAGCGACGGAGGCGACAGAAUCCGGCUCGGGGGAGAAUGGAGCCGCGAUUUGAUUGUAUUAAUUUUAUUGCAUGUCCAGAUGGCGUUACAGACCGCUUUUAUUGUUUUAGGCCGUUGGCCCUCUAAUUGUUGCAUAGAGGGCAGGCCUGUAGUCAUUGAGUUUUAGGCCUGAAAUUACGGCCGUUUAGUAAUCGUCUGUAGCUGUCAGUUGACAUAUUGCGUCUUGACUUUUACUCUUCUUUGAUGUGAAUCUUUUGUGCUUUUCCGUGGCUUUUAAAGGAUAAGGAUUGCCCGGAAUUUCAUGUUGCCUGUCUGUAGACUUGAAUUGAGGUGCAUGAGAAGCACAUGUGGAAUUGACACUAUUUGUCUUCCCAUUGAGUUGAAAAGGCCUGCGUUGCAG